AUGCUAAAGAACCCCUUGCUUUGUACAAAAGAGUUGACACUCAUCAAACGGGAAUCAAAGUCAUACGAAGCAAUCCAACAAGCUGGUGUCAUUGCACUUCUUGUUUCAAAUGGUGUUACUUUCCAACUCAACAGCCCAAUACGUUUUGCGCCAAUUGCCAUGCAGCUGUUUGUUGUAAACGAUGUUAUAAUCGACGGUGAGUCCUUAAACUUUGGUAAAAUGGUGGAAGAACAAUGUAAUCAACGAUUCAGUGCUGACUCCACUGAAUUAGAAAAUGUGGAGGACAAGAAAAAGUUGUUAAAGAACAUUAAAAGAAGAAAAGAACUUAACAGAGCGGCACUGUCAUUUAACAGUUUAGUUUCCAUCGCAGAAAGCUUCGGUUAUCACUUUGAAUUGAAACUUAUUAAAAGUGCAAAGAAGACAUUACAAAUGACCAAGAUCAAAAGCGUUUUCAAAGAAGGCAGAAUCUUUCUUGAUGAAAAGGCAUUUACUGAAAUAGGGAACGCUACAAAUAAGUACAUUACAAGUCUUUGUUCAAAGGACAAAUACUAUGUGAAAAUCAGUCCAUUCGACAAAAAUAUAAUAAAUUUGAUCAACCCAAAAACGAAGCCCGACCAUGCUCUCCCCAUUGAAACAGUUUUGUCCACAGAACGGUCCUCAACUGUUUCGACCCAGAGCGAACAGACACUGAGACUGUUAUUUCCUUAUCAGGAACGGUUUGACUCAAAGAACGAAGUGGCUACAUUUAAGACUGUGGAAUGUACAGAACAUGUUACAGACCAUCCUAAUAGAGUGGAUUACAUAAGUGUAGGUGAUGUAACUAGUGUAGCAAAUUCAACGCCCAACUUCGAAUAUAUUGUAAACGACCAAAAAUUCGAAGAUUAUGUUGGUGAAGUACAGCCAACAAACUGUGUUGAACCUAUAAAUAGUGUUGAUUAUACAGAUACAUACAAUGUACCGAAAUGUAUAAGAAAUUUGAGACCCAUAGAACAAAUGGGAUAUACAAACACAACAGACAGUAUGGGUACAGUGUCACAAAUUAACACACUGAACUGUGUGAAUGAUACAGCUUUAAUAUACACUCCAGUUAAUUCUUACCUCAGCACGGCUAAUUGUCACAACACAAUCAACACUUUUCAACCAAAACCACUGUUGUUCAAUCCAACUAUAUAUUUUCCUCCAUCCAAACCGUCCAACUUGGUAAUGGCACCACAAAUCAAUAUGUUUUGUCCCCAACACCGAGUCUAUAUCCCAAAACACGGGUUGACGUCUGCGCUUGACAUGUAA